AUGUUAUCCCUAACAAAACUUUUCAUUGGUAUAAUAUUAGGUGCCUUUGUCGCCGCAGAGCAGUCUGAUGUCGAACCAGCAUGUUAUGCCAGACAGUGGGAGAACACAUUCCCUCCCUCAAAUAUAUACGUGUCUAGUGCAACUUGGGUUCGUGAUAAUGUCUACGAUGUCACUCUUCGCUAUGAAGCCGAGUCCUUGCAUUUGAGGAGUUUGGGAGAGCUCAAAGUUAUCGGCCUUAACUCUCCAGUAUCUGGAACUAAAGUGGUGUACUCCCGAAACUCCAAGAUUUAUGAAAUCAAUGACCCUUCUAGUUGGUCAACUACAAUCAGAGUGAAUGCUAAAGAUUCUGCUGACGGCUGCCAUGUUGAGAUGUAUCCUUUCCAAAUCCAAGUCGAAUGGUGUCAAGCAGGCGCUGACACUGAUGAAUGCAGUUCCUGGCCAUACCCUAGUGUCUACGAUUAUGACAUUGGCUGUGAUAACAUGCAGGAUGGAGUUUCUAGAAAGCACCAUGCCGUUUACAGAUGGCUCAAGCACUCUGUUUCUGGAUGCUCAGCCGCCUCCACAGUUGCCGCUAUCAGUUCUCAAACUACAUCAAGCUCUCAAACUUCAACGAGUUCUCAGUCAUCAUCCAGUACUGCUAUAAGCUCAGUGACUACCCAAACCACACAAACAACUACUAGUGGGGUCCCGAUUUGGGGACAAUGUGGUGGAAAUGGCCACUCUGGGUCAACUAGUUGCGCCGAAGGAGUCUGCGUGUACGUGAACGACUGGUACUACCAAUGCCAACCAGGUGCAUCUACCACCACAACUUCCCAAGCAUCUAGUAGCCAAGUAUUCUCACAGUUAACUACCACCGAGGAGUCUAUUUCCUCCGAGGAAUCCAUUGGACUGACCUCUACUGUGGAAACAACUUCCUCCGCAGAGGUCGUUGAAUCGACUACUUCUGGUAACCAAGCAAUCCCCACUAUCGAGUUUGACGUCGAAAUUGAAUUUCCAGCGGCAGAGAUAACAGAGGAGGAAACUACAGAAACAGAAGAACAAGUGCCACUUCAUGGAAAAUGUGGCGGUAUUGGUCACACUGGCUCAACUACCUGCGCCAAUGGUAUCUGUACAUACGUGAAUGAUUGGUAUUACGAAUGUCUUCCAAGAGAGGCUGAGUCCGAAGAAGAAGUCCCACUUUAUGGUCAAUGCGGUGGUAUAAAUUAUUCUGGAGCAACUAAAUGUGCAGAAGGAGUUUGUACCUAUGUGAACGAUUGGUAUUAUCAAUGUCUCAUAGGUCCUGCAACUGGUACACCGCAAUCAACUUCCAGCACCGACAGUCAAAGUGUUUCUGAGUCAUCCGCUGCUGAAGACUCUACGCCCACUGAGGAGGCUGAAGAAUCAGCUGAGGAGUCUACCUCUACUGAAGAUGCUGAGGAAUCCACUGAAGAUUUUGCUACUACUGAGGAGGUUGAGGAAUCUACCUCUACUGAGGAUGCUGAGGAAUCCACCUCCACCGAGGAGGCUGAGGAAUCUACCUCUACUGAGGAUGCUGAGGAAUCCACCUCCACCGAGGAGGCUGAGGAAUCCACAGAGGAAUCCACAUCUACUGAUGAGGUUGAGGAGUCUACUUCCACUGAGGAGGUUGAGGAAUCUACUGAGGAAUCCACUUCUACUGAGGAUGCUGAGGAAUCCACCUCCACCGAGGAGGCUGAGGAAUCCACAGAGGAAUCCACAUCUACUGAUGAGGUUGAGGAGUCUACUUCCACUGAGGAGGUUGAGGAAUCUACUGAGGAAUCCACAUCUACUGAUGAGGUUGAGGAGUCUACUUCCACUGAGGAGGUUGAGGAAUCUACUGAGGAAUCCACAUCUACUGAUGAGGUUGAGGAGUCUACUUCCACUGAGGAGGUUGAGGAAUCUACUGAGGAAUCCACUUCUACUGAGGAUGCUGAGGAAUCCACUUCCACCGAGGAAGCUGAAGAAUCCACAGAGGAAUCCACAUCUACUGAUGAGGUUGAUGAAUCUACCUCCACCGAGGAGGCUGAGGAAUCCACUGAGGAAUCUACCUCUACUGAGGAUGCUGAGGAAUCCACCUCCACCGAGGAGGCUGAGGAAUCCACUGAGGAAUCCACCUCCACCGAGGAGACUGAAGAAUCCACUGAGGAAUUGACUUCUACUGAAGAGGCUGAAGAAUCCACUGAGGAACCCACAUCUACUGAUGAGGUUGAUGAGUCUACGUCCACUGAUGACGUUGAUGAAUCCACCUCCACUGAGGGCACUGAACAAUUCAGUUCCACUGAUGUUCCUCAGGGAAGACCAGGAUUCGAGAAUCCAACUGAAGAGGUUGAAUCUUCUUCUACAGAGGAGUUCGAGGAACCAACUUCCACCGACGAAACUGACGAAUCGACUGAGGAAGCCACUUCCACUGAGGAAGCAGAAGAAUCUAUCUCCACUGACGAUGUUGAGCAAUCUACCUCCGUAGAAGAAGCUGAGGAAUCUACAGAAGAAUCUACCUCCACCGAGGCUCUUGAGGAGUCUACUUCCACUGGCGACUUUGAGAAUAUUUCUGCCGUUGACGAAGAACUCGAGGAGUCUACUGAAGAAUCUACGUCCACUGAAGAGGUUGAGGAAUCUACCUCUACUGAGGAUGCUGAGGAAUCCACCUCCACCGAGGAGGCUGAAGAAUCCACUGAGGAAUCCACUUCUACUGAGGAUGCUGAGGAAUCCACCUCCACCGAAGAGGCUGAAGAAUCCACUGAGGAAUCCACUUCUACUGAGGAUGCUGAGGAAUCUACUUCCUCUGAUGAGGUUGAGGAAUCCACUUCCACCGAAGAGGUUGAAGAAUCUACUGAGGAAUCCACUUCUACUGAGGAUGCUGAGGAAUCCACCUCCACCGAGGAGGCUGAAGAAUCCACUGAGGAAUCCACUUCUACUGAGGAUGCUGAGGAAUCCACCUCCACCGAGGAUGCUGAAGAAUCUACCUCUACUGAAUAUGUUGAGGAAUCAACUUCAAUCCCUUCUUCAACAUCCGAGCCAUCUCUUUCAACUUCAAUUUCUCCAUCUUCCUCUAGUUCAUUUGAGACUGCCACUGUUACCACCGAUGUGUCAACAACAGUACUUACAACCACCGAUUGUGGCGAGCAGACUUGUUACAAAUCUUUAAUCAUAACCGGUGUUACUGAGAAAACCAUUACAACCAGUGGAAGAACCACAGUCAUCACCACAUACUGUCCUUUGCCCACUGAGACUGUCAUUCCAACUCCUGUCGUUGUCACAUCCACUAUCUAUGCGGAUGAGACAAUUACUGAGACUACAUGCUAUGUCACUGGUGCUAUCGAAAAGACUGUUACUGUCGGUGGAUCCCCAACUGUCGUGACUGUUCACACUACUCUACCAAUCGAAGCCAUAAAACCAACUCCAGUCACUGUUACUUCUACCAUUUAUGCAGAUGAGACUGUUACAAAGACUACAUGUUAUGAAACUGGUGCCAUAGAAAAGACGUACACAAUUGGAGGAUCAUCUACUAUUGUUACAAUUCACACUCCUCUUUCCACUGUGCAGCCAACUCCAGUCACUGUUACUUCUACCAUCUAUGCAGAUGAGACUGUUACAAAGACUACAUGUUAUGUAACGGGUGCUAUAGAGAAGACGUACACAGUUGGAGGAUCUGCUUCUGUCGCCACAGUUUACACCCCUCUGCCAACUGAACCAAGCAAGACAUCAAUUGUAACUUUAACAUCUGUCAUCUCCAACAGUGGAUCCCACCCGUUGACAACUUCCAUUGUGACCGGAGCCGUAGAAAAGACAAUCACAGUUGAUGGAACAGCCUCCAUAGUCACAGUUCACACUCCUAUUGCUUCUGUUUACUCAAGCGCACAUGAACAUUCAAAGGUUACUAAAGCUAUUACACCAUCAACAACUACUAUCAUUAGAGACGUUUGCGAUUCUCACUCCUGCACUCAAGCUACUAUUGAGACUGGUGUAGUUUCCAAAACUAUCACCAUCGGACAAUCUGUUACAACUGUGGUACCAUCAUAUGUUCCUUUGGAACAUGAACAACAGGAAGUACACACUACCGCUGCCACUCCAGUUGAUUCAAGUGUCCACUCUCAAUCAGGAAGCCCAGUUCCACCUGCCAUUACAACACAAUCUUACAGCGCUCAAGCGUCAUCAGUUCCAGUUGCUUCUUAUUACGAGGGCUCUGCCAAUAAUCUGGUGUUUUCAGUGGCUAGUGGAGUUGCGGCAUUGAUUGUUAAUGCAUUGUUCUUAUGA